AUGUCCCAAACAUUACAAGAAGAGUUCGAAGUCCUAGAGAGUAUCUUCCCUGAGGAAUUAGAGCGAAUAUCACAGACAGAGCUGAAGAUACGUGUCGAGCCUGAUGCUUCUGUUUCUUCAGAUCCCCCAGUCGUCCUGUCACUGCAUGUCUCCUACCCGCCUAUAUACCCCUCCGAGAUACCCAAGAUGCAGCUGGAGGAGAUCGAGGGUGAGCUGACAGAGUUGGAAAGGGACGUCCUUCUCAGCGGACUGCGAUUAGUGGGAGAGGACAGUUUGGGGAUGGCGAUGGUCUUCACGCUCGUGACACAUCUGCAGAGUGCGAUGUCCGCGCUCCUGCAAGGGCGAGAAGAAGACAUCCGAGCUGCGGAAGAGGAGAAAGCGCGACUCGAUGCCGAGGCUGAGGCGAAUCGGAAUAAGGGGACGGCGGUGACUGCAGAGUCGUUUGCGAGGUGGAAGGAAGGGUUCAAUGCUGAGGUGAGGAAGAGGACGGAGAAGGAGGAAGAGGAGAAGAUGAGGGGUAUGACGCCGAAGGAGAGGGACGAGUUUAAGAGGAGUAAGACGAAGCUUACUGGUAGACAGCUGUUCGAGCGCGACAGGAAUUUGGGAAAGGAAGAAGAUGCGCUGGGAGAGGAAGGCGCGGAGAGUGUGGAUAUCAGCAAAUACGACAGGACAGAGCCGCGCGAGGAAGAGGAGGAAGAGGAAGUUGGCAUCGAGUUCGAGGACAGCGACUGA